AUGGCGAGUUUGCUAGCCGUGCAACCGGUGAUGAUGCAAGGUAGGAACUCGUUCGAGCUCUACGGUUACGACGUGAUCCUCGACGAGAGUCUGACACCGUGGCUUCUCGAGGUGAACGCCUCGCCCUCUUUAAGUGCCACCGACACCGAGGAUUAUCGUCUCAAGUUCGAUCUCAUCGACGAUGUCCUCAACAUCAUCGAUCUCGAACGUCGUUUUACAGGCAGAGAAACCAGGAUCGGUGGCUUUGAUUUGAUCUGGUUUAACGACGGACCAGUAUGGACGACUACUAUGAGUUCUCCCAUUUGUGGACAAAAUCGAUAUUUCGUCAAAAAAUUAAACGUAUUUUUGGGAGCCAGAAAUGAUCGUAUUAAACAAUUAUACCGAUUGCACGAAGUCUUGGAGGAAAUGAAAAAAAGUAAAGAAAAUUUCGAAAUAGAAAAUAUUCUUUGUGAAAAUCUUUAAAACGAACAAAAGAAGAAGAAGAAGAAAAGGAAACGAAGACAAAAAAAAGUCGACGAUUAAAUGUGUUAAUUAAGGAACUUUGAUAUUUAA